UCAGCAUCCUUCAAAUUAGAAUAAACCUAUAUUUCAUACGCAGUCUCAUUUCUAAGCUCAGUAGCUUUGUCAAGCCCCGUUCUUGAUCUUGUAUUUGGUGCUUGCGUAGGUUGUGCGUGGAAUUCCGAAACACAAAUCAGGACGCUAUUUCGGUGCAAUCGGCGGAGAUAGAACAUGGAAUUCUGACAUUGUGAUUUUUGUCUCCACUGUAUGGCCUUGUCUCAACUUCCGCUCUCUUCUUUUGUAGGUGUUGUGCUUUGAAAAUAGUCACAUGUCGAUCAUGUCCGAAAUUUCCUCUUGUCCGCCUUUGACGCGCGAAUCGGUGGCAGCGGCUGCCGAGUUGAUUAAACCGUAUAUCCAUCUUACCCCAGUGCACACGUCAACGACACUCAACACCAUCGCUUCUACACCUCAGACGCCAGAGGAUCUCGCAGGUACAGAAUGGGAGGGCCAGAAGCCGGCGAGGCCAAAGAUACGACUCUUUUUCAAGUGUGAAAACUACCAGAAGAUCGGUGCUUUCAAAGCGAGAGGCGCGUUCCACGCCGUCAGCCGUCUAACAUCGGAACAAAGAAGCAAGGGUGUCAUCACGCAUAGCUCAGGAAAUCAUGCGCAGGCGUUGGCAUUGGCUGCCCAAACGUUUGGGAUUCCCGCUUACAUUGUGAUGCCGACUAUAUCCACCCCAUCCAAGAUUGCUGGCACUCAGGCCCUUGGAGCAAAGGUGAUCUUUUCGGGGUCCACCUCGGUUGACCGAGAGGCGAAGGUGGCGGAGGUACAGAAAGAGCAUCCAGGUGUCGUCUUGGUUCCACCUUAUGAUCACCCAAAUAUUAUCCUUGGACAAGGAACUGCAUCCUUGGAGUUUGAGCAACAAGUCGAGAACCUGGGAACUAACCUCGAUGCCAUCAUAACGCCACUUGGUGGCGGUGGGCUCCUCGCAGGAACAGCUACUGCAAUGUACGGAACUGGGAUACGGGUGUUUGGUUCGGAGCCUAGAUACCAGGGCGCCAACGAUGGCGAACGAGGCUUGAAGGAAGGAAAACGCAUCGAGACUGUCUCAACAUUGACGAUAGCAGACGGGCUGAGGACGCCAGUGGGCGUGAUAAACUGGGAGAUUAUCAGUGACCCUAAUAAGCUCAAAGGUAUCUACAGUGUCACCGAAGAGCAGAUUAUAAAAGCAAUGAGACUGGUCCUCGAGAGGAUGAAAAUCUUUGUGGAGCCAAGUGCGUGUGUGCCGCUGGCCGUUGUUCUGUACAAUGAAGACUUUCGACAGAUGGUGGAGAAAGAAGCUGGAGAGGACGGUUGGAAUGUCGGCGUAAUAUUCAGCGGGGGCAACACCACUGUCGAAGCCAUUGCAAAACUCUUUCCUCAAGCUUAGAAUGCCGCGUUGUCAUACAGAGAUGCCGGUUUUACGCAGGGGUUGAAGAGGUCGAUCAUAAAGCGGGCAACGAACUCUAUAAGAUAGCAAAACCUGUCGAAGUUUUCCUUCCGUGGAUAGGAAUCCUGAAUGAAGAUGAUGUUUUCACGA